UUAGUAAUCUGAAUUAGAUCUAAUUUAACAGUAAUUGAUUGUUAAUUUAUCUUGCAUCGUUGAAAUUUAAUACGGGAUUAAUACUAUCAGGCCUUCUCACAUUCAGGAGAUUUUAGGUUAAAGAAAACAGUAAUAACCAAUCAAGAAUGGAAGGGGAAACACAUGUAAUUCUAAAUACACCAGUAGUUAAAGUGGAACCAUAUGAGGUAAUUACAACAGAUGUUUCAACUGAUAGUGCAACUUUUGAAGACAUAAAACCAGACAUAUCCAUUAGCACUUUAAACGAGAGAAAUCCAAAUAUAUCAGAUUCAACACUUGAAGACAUAAAUCCAGAAGAAUCAAUUUCCACUUAUGAAGGCAUUGAUCCAGAUAGAUCCAUUUCAUAUCACGAAGACAUAAAUCAAGAUGUAUCAACGGUUAAGAAUGAAAAACCAGAGAUUUAUAACAAUUUAGAUGAACUGGAAACUCAGCAAAACAUAUCUAUUGAUUACUCUUCUUUAAGAUAUCCAUUAAUUCACAGAGAUGUGAUUUCAUACUUGUGUGAUCUAUGUAAUCGAAAAUUCAUGAGAAAUAGAAACAUAAGACAACAUUUAAGAAAACAUAUAGGAGAGAAAAAAAGGCCAUAUGAAUGUGAUGUAUGUCAUAAAAGGUUUUUACAGAAGUCUAAUUUAGAUGUGCAUAAAUAUAUUCAUACUGGUGAAAAGCAAUAUGAGUGUAACAUUUGCCAUAAAAAGUUUACCCAAAAGUGUUAUUUAGCAACACAUAGAAAAUUCCAUUUUGGAGACAAACCAUUUCAAUGUGAUAUUUGUUUUAAAAGGUUUACUAUAAGAGCUGCUUUAUUUCAACAUAAAAGGAUUCAUUCUUCGAUAGGGAAAGAACAUGAAUGUGAUGUUUGUCAUAAAAUGUUUGCACAAAAGCUUUAUUUGCAAGAACAUAAAAAACGCCAUUCUCAAGAUAGGAGAUUUAAAUGUGACAUUUGUCAAAAAAAGUUUUCUCAAAAGGUCUAUUUGUAUAGUCAUUUAAAACGUCAUUUUGAAGAGAAGCAAUAUGAAUGUAAUUUUUGUCUUAAAAGAUUUUUUCUAAAGACAGAUUUAACUCAACAUGAAAAGAUUCAUCUUGGAGAUAGGCAGUUUGGAUGUGAAAUUUGCCAUAGAAAGUUUACUCAGAAUUCUCAUUUAACUCAGCAUAAAAUGCUUCAUACUGGAGAAAAACCAUACGAAUGUGACAUUUGUCAUAAAAAGUUUGCUCUGAACCAUUACUUAGCAAAACAUGUAAAAAUUCAUGAUAAAGUAGACAACUAUGAAUGUGAAGUUUGCCAUAAAGUUAUUCUCAAGAAAUAUCUUAUAGAGCAACAUAAAAAAUUGAACUGUGGCAGUAAAACUUAUGAGUGUGAUGUUUGUCAUAAAAUAUAUUCCACUAACUCUUCUUUUAAUAGGCAUAAAAGGCAUCAUACUGGAGAUGAGAAAUAUGAAUGUACAAUUUGUCAUCAAAAAUUUGAUAUGAGGAUGUAUUUGAUAAAACAUAAGAAAGUUCAUGAUAAAUAUGGACACCUUGAAUGUGAGGUUUGUCACAAAAUGUUUAAAAGGGAAUUUCAUUUUCAACGACAUAAAAAGAUACAUUUAGAAGAAAAUUAAUAUUUACUCAGAAUUUGCCAUCAUAUUUACCUAAAAAGUCUUAUUUGAAUAGCAAGUAUAUAUUUGGUUUAAUAAAAGAUAAUUAUAAUAAAUAUGAUUUAGACAGAAUGUUUGUUCUGAACAUUUUUAUCAAAGCCUAUGAAAUUGUUUUUUGUAAAGUUAACAUAAAUAUAUUUGUAUUGUAGAGAAAGUUGUAUUGGCUGUUUUAUAUAUUUGAAAAACAUAAGGAAAUAUAAUAUAAAUCGUUAUGCUUUUAAGUACGUUACGUCUUUUUUUCAAACAAAAUCAAAGGGUGGCUAAAUUUUACUGGCCCCAUCUGUUGUGUGUUGGUAUUGUAAAAAGUUUUUAGUUUACCUAUGUUUAAUUAAUCCUUUAUUUUAACAAAAAUUACAAAUUGUUAUUAUAUUUUUCUUUUUGUAUCAUACUUUACUUUAAACAUUUUCCAGCUCACAUGAAAAAGGCUCAAUACAAAUAACAUAAAAAUUCAAGCAUUACAUAAUCUGUCAUUUUUUUUUGAAGAAAUCUGUAUGUCAUGUGAGCACCAGGAUGGCUGAGUGGUAUAACCCUCAACUGCUAAAUGCAAAGUCCUGAGGUCAAAGGUCAGAUCUCAGACUUGGAUCUUAGGAACAUAUUUUGGUUCACCCAGCUCACAGAUGAAUGUGAGGAAAGAAAAGGCAGCCUAGUACUGACAACACUUUCCUGAUAUGUCAUCAUCAUCUUUUCCCUGUGUGUGCCUAAGAAACAUGGGGCAGAUAAAGUUUAAGUUCAUCUGUUUGAAUGACUUCGGCAUGAAGGGGAUAAUGUGGUUGACAUAUGCUCAGCCACCUUUGUUUCCUUAAUGUACAUAAGGUGCCCAUCAAAGCUGGGUGGAAUCAGGGACGUUCUACUGAUUUGAACUCAAGACUUUCGAGUUAGUAGUCUAACACUACCACUAGCCCACACUGUCCCCUUAUAUGUCACAUGAAAUUCAUCUGCCAUACUGACCAUCUGAUCAGAAUGAAUAACUUUUUGUGUCAUGUAUAUGAUUACUAUAUUGUUUAUAAAUAGAUUUUGAAACAAUUUUUAUGUACCCUCACAGGGUAAUUUAAACUAAAUUGUAAAUGAAAUAAUAUUUAUUGUAUUCUCACGUGGUUAGAAAUAAUAGAAAAAAUACAAGUUGUUAAAGAAAGAUGUAUGCUCUGCUGUUCUGGAAGUAAAAGUUGUUAUCAUUAUCAUGACUAUGGUCAUUUAGAUGUAGUACUACUCCACUCUAAUUCAUGAAUUAGAUAGAAUUUAUUUCUAUUAUCAGAGGUUUUAUUUCUCUGCAAAAAUUGUGUAUAUUAAUUUAUACAUAUAUAUAU